CCAUCGGCCUCAGUCAAACCCAUCAUCAACAGACCUACCGUCAACCAACCCCUCACCACAAAACGACCCACCUACAUCCCUCCACAUCAUCUCUUAAACUACCAACCACAACCACAACCAAACCACCACCACCACCAUGGCCCCCCAACCCCUGCAACCCCCCCAAACCGACUCCGCCUGGAAAACCCUCAUCACCCAAACCAUCCAACAGCUCCCAUCCCCCACCACAUUCCCAACCUACCCCCUCCCCGCGCACCCCUCCCACACAAUCGACCACACCCAACUCUCGCCGACCGCCAGCCCAUCCCAGAUCGACACCCUCUGCACCGAAGCCCAGGCCCACCACUUCGCCACCGUCUGCGUCCGCCUCCCCUACGUCGCCCGCGCCGUGCAGAACCUCUCCAGCAGCAGCAGCAGCAGCAGCACCACCCAGCCCGACACCCCGUCGCUCCCUGGAGCAACAAACUCAGGACCAGGAGUAGGAGUAGGGGUCGCAUGCGUAAUCGCCUUCCCGUCGGGCCUAGACCCCACGGCCUCGAAGACCGCCGAAGCGGCGUCCGCCGUGUCCGCCGGCGCGACGGAGCUGGACAUGGUGCUCCACCGGCCCCUGCUGCAGGAGGGGAGGUACACCGCGGUGUACGCGGACAUCCGGGCGGUGCGCGAGGCCGUCCCGGCCGGGGUGGUGCUGAAGGUGAUCCUGGAGACGGGGCGGCUGGCGGGGAUGGAGGAGGUGGUGGCGGGGAGUGUGGUGGCUUGUUUGGCCGGGGCGGAUUAUCUCAAGACGAGUACGGGGUUUGACGGGCCCGGGGCCCGCGUGGAGGAGGUGCGGGUCAUGCGGUGGGUUGCGGCGCGGAUGGGACGGGGCACGCGGGUGAAGGCUAGUGGGGGGGUGAGGGGGGCGGAGGACUGGAGGCGCAUGGUUGCGGCCGGGGCGGAGAGGAUUGGGAGUAGUUCGGGGGUGGGGAUUGUG